UUUAUUCUCUAAGUUCCCUCUUUCUACUCUCACUAUUCUCUAAGAUCUAUCUAUCUAUUUUUUCUCCCUCAUGUAGCCAUCCCCAUAUAUCCUUAGAGUAUGCUCUCUUUUGAACUACUGUUACAGAGUUUCAGUUGAAAACUGGUAGCUACAUUUCUCUUUUGAUAUUUUCUAUCACUACUUCUCUUUUGGUAUGUUCUGUUACUACUAAAUGUGUGUAUUAUGCUCCCAGUCUCUUUUGCUGUGACCCUGUAUAAGUUGUAGUUAUUAGCUUGGAAGAUUAGGUAACUUAGAAGACCGUGAUUGGCUGUACCAUAAAAGCAACUUAGGAGAGUUCAUCUGUGCAAAGCACAGUGACCUAAAUCAGAUAUGUACUCACUGUCCCUGGAAUCUUCAAGGGACUUAACUGCAUUACAUUGUCAAACACAAGGCAUUUACAUAUUACCAUGGAAAGAUUUCGCCUGGAGAAGAAGUUACCUGGUCCUGAUGAAGAAGCUGUUGUGGAUCUUGGCAAAACCAGCUCAACUGUGAACACAAAGUUUGAAAAAGAAGAACUAGAAAGUCAUCGAGCUGUCUAUAUUGGUGUUCACGUCCCAUUUAGUAAAGAGAGUCGUCGGCGUCAUAGGCAUCGUGGACACAAACAUCACCACCGAAGAAGAAAAGAUAAAGAAUCAGAUAAAGAAGAUGGACGGGAGUCUCCUUCUUAUGAUACACCAUCCCAAAGAGUUCAGUUCAUUCUUGGUACUGAAGAUGAUGAUGAAGAGCACAUUCCGCAUGAUCUCUUUACGGAAAUGGAUGAACUGUGUUAUAGAGAUGGAGAAGAGUAUGAGUGGAAAGAAACUGCCAGGUGGCUGAAAUUUGAAGAGGAUGUUGAAGAUGGCGGUGACCGAUGGAGUAAACCUUAUGUGGCAACUCUCUCUUUGCACAGUCUUUUUGAACUAAGAAGUUGCAUCCUAAAUGGAACAGUGAUGCUGGACAUGAGAGCAAGCACCCUAGAUGAAAUAGCAGAUAUGGUAUUGGACAACAUGAUAGCCUCUGGCCAAUUGGAUGAGUCUAUAAGAGAGAAUGUCAGAGAAGCUCUUUUGAAGAGACAUCAUCAUCAGAAUGAGAAAAGAUUCACCAGUCGGAUUCCCCUUGUUCGAUCUUUUGCAGAUAUAGGCAAGAAACAUUCUGACCCUCACUUGCUUGAAAGGAAUGGGGAAGGCCUUUCAGCCUCCCACCACUCUUUGCGAACAGGUCUGUCUGCCUCAAACCUUUCAUUGAGAGGAGAAUCGUCUUUAUCUCUUCUUCUCAGUCAUCUUCUUCCUUCUUCAAGAGCUGGAAGCCCUGCAGGCUCAAGGUGUACAACCCCAGUGCCCACCCCUCAAAACAGCCCUCCUUCCAGCCCUAGCGUCAGUCGCGUGACCUCCAGAAGUUCCCAACAGAGUCAGCUUCAGGCCCCAGAACUACUGGUUUCACCUGCCAGUGAUGAUAUUCCCACAGUAGUAAUUCAUCCGCCCGAGGAAGAUUUAGAAGCACUGAAAGGCCAGGAGCAGAAGAAUGAGGAUAAUGUUGACAUGACUUCAGGUAUUUUGGCCUCUCCACAGUCUGCACCUGGAAACCUGGACAAUAGUAAAAGUGGAGAAAUUAAAGGUAAUGGAGGUGGAGGAAGCAGAGAAAAUAGUACUGUUGACUUCAGCAAGGUUGAUAUGAAUUUCAUGAGAAAAAUUCCUUCGGGAGCCGAGGCAUCCAAUGUUUUGGUGGGAGAGGUAGACUUUUUGGAAAGACCUAUAAUUGCAUUUGUGAGACUGGCUCCUGCAGUUCUCCUCUCAGGGCUGACUGAGGUCCCUGUUCCUACGAGGUUUUUGUUUCUGUUAUUGGGUCCAGCAGGCAAGGCACCACAGUACCAUGAAAUUGGAAGAUCAAUAGCCACUCUCAUGACAGAUGAGAUUUUUCAUGAUGUAGCCUAUAAAGCAAAAGACAGAAAUGACCUCUUAUCUGGAAUUGAUGAAUUUUUAGAUCAAGUAACUGUCCUACCUCCAGGAGAGUGGGAUCCUUCUAUACGCAUAGAGCCACCAAAAAGUGUUCCUUCUCAGGAAAAGAGAAAGAUUCCUGUAUUUCCCAAUGGAUCUGCCCCCAGCUCUGGUGAUACUCCUAAAGAGGUCGAUCAUCAUGCUGGGCCUGAGCUACAGAGGACUGGACGGCUUUUUGGUGGUUUGAUACUUGACAUCAAAAGGAAAACACCUUUUUUCUUGAGUGACUUCAAGGAUGCAUUAAGUCUACAGUGCCUGGCCUCGAUUCUUUUCCUAUACUGUGCCUGUAUGUCUCCUGUAAUCACUUUUGGAGGGCUGCUUGGAGAAGCUACAGAAGGCAGAAUAAGUGCAAUAGAGUCUCUUUUUGGAGCAUCAUUAACUGGGAUUGCCUAUUCGUUGUUUGCUGGGCAACCUCUAACAAUAUUGGGGAGCACAGGUCCAGUUUUAGUGUUUGAAAAAAUUUUAUUUAAAUUCUGCAGAGAUUAUCAGCUUUCCUAUCUGUCUUUAAGAACCAGUAUUGGUCUGUGGACUUCUUUCUUGUGCAUUGUUUUGGUUGCAACAGAUGCGAGCAGCCUUGUGUGUUAUAUUACUCGAUUCACAGAGGAGGCUUUUGCGGCUCUAAUUUGCAUCAUAUUCAUCUACGAGGCUUUGGAGAAGCUCUUUCAUUUAGGAGAAAUAUAUGCAUUUAAUAUGCACAACAAUUUAGAUGAACUGACCCACUACUCAUGUGUAUGUGUUGAACCUCCUAACCCUAGCAAUGAAACUCUAAAAAUAUGGAAGGAAAAGAAUUUAACAGCAGAUGAUAUUUUCUGGGGGAAUCUCACUGUUCCUGAAUGUAAAACCUUUCAUGGUGUAUUUGUAGGAUCAGCUUGUAGUCUUCAUGGACCUUAUAUUCCAGAUGUGCUGUUUUGGUGUGUCAUCUUAUUUUUCACAACAUUUUUUCUGUCUUCAUUCCUCAAGCAAUUUAAGACCAAGCGGUAUUUUCCUACCAAGGUGCGAUCGACAAUCAGUGACUUUGCUGUAUUUCUCACAAUAGUAAUAAUGGUUGUAAUUGACUACCUUGUAGGAGUUCCAUCUCCUAAACUUCACGUUCCUGAAAAAUUUGAGCCUACUGAUCCAAGUAGGGGCUGGAUCAUAAGCCCAUUGGGAGAAAAUCCUUGGUGGACUUUAUUAAUAGCUGCUAUUCCAGCUCUGCUUUGUACCAUUCUCAUCUUUAUGGAUCAACAAAUUACAGCUGUAAUCAUAAACAGAAAGGAGCACAAAUUGAAGAAAGGAGCUGGCUAUCACCUUGAUUUGCUCAUGGUUGGUGUUAUGUUGGGGGUUUGCUCUAUCAUGGGACUUCCAUGGUUUGUGGCUGCAACAGUGUUGUCAAUAAGUCAUGUCAACAGCUUGAAACUUGAAUCUGAAUGUUCUGCUCCAGGGGAACAACCCAAGUUUUUGGGAAUUCGUGAACAGCGAGUUACAGGGCUAAUGAUUUUUAUUCUAAUGGGCCUGUCUGUGUUCAUGACUUCAGUACUAAAGUUUAUUCCAAUGCCUGUCCUGUAUGGUGUUUUCCUUUAUAUGGGAGUUUCCUCAUUAAAAGGAAUCCAGUUUUUUGACCGUAUAAAAUUAUUUGGAAUGCCUGCUAAGCAUCAGCCCGAUUUGAUAUACCUUCGUUACGUGCCUCUCUGGAAGGUCCAUAUUUUCACAGUCAUUCAGCUCACUUGUCUGGUUCUUUUGUGGGUGAUAAAAGCUUCAGCUGCUGCGGUAGUUUUUCCCAUGAUGGUUCUUGCAUUAGUCUUUGUACGCAAACUCAUGGAUCUGUGUUUCACAAAGAGAGAACUUAGUUGGCUUGAUGAUCUCAUGCCAGAAAGUAAGAAAAAGAAAGAAGAUGACAAAAAGAAAAAAGAGAAAGAGGAAGCUGAACGAAUGCUUCAAGCUGAUGAUGACACUGUGCACCUUCCAUUUGAAGGGGGAAGUCUCUUACAGAUUCCAGUUAAGGCCCUAAAAUAUAGCCCUGAAAAACCUGUGAGUGUGAAAAUAAAUUUUGAAGAUGAACCAACAAAGAAAUACAUGGAUGCUGAAACUUCGUUAUAGAAUUGAACCAAGAGGAAUUAUAUAUAUAGCUAUACAGAUAUAUAUAUAUAUAUCUAUAUAUAUAUCUAUCGUGUGUAUUUCAUGUCACUAUAUAUAACAAUAUUGUAUGUCAUGCUGUUUAUGUGUGACUCCUGGGUUUUUUGAAGUAGUGUCUGAAGUUUGUUAGGAACACCAUGGAGACUGUGUAUAUAAUGAAAUGGUCUCUUAGAAAUGAGGUACAUGGUUCUUACUAUUUAUUCUGUUGAAAAAAAAAAUUUCUAUUCUGCAGCAGGAAGAUGUGGGGAAAUGCAUUCAAUCUACUUUUCCUUUAAGUCUAUUUGUUCAUCAGUGGUAAUUCAUACCAACUUUAGGUGAUGUACUUUGUCCAUGUAUUUAUAAUUUUUACUUGAGUUACUGAAAAUUUUUACAUAUUAUUUCACUUCUGUUAGUUCCUUAUGGGAAGAACAGGGAGUCUUUAUGCCAGUGUUGUGGGAGAAAUGGUAACAUGUCAUGGCUUCUCUGUAUGUGUGUUUCAUUUAUGCAGAUGUCCAUCAUGUUUCAUAAGCAGUGGAGAGUUUUUGGCUGUAAAGGUAGAACAAUAGAAACUUUCUAGAUAAGAACUGUAGUUUUGACCUUUAUGUUUUUAUCUUAAAACUUCCACAUCUAGGUUUCUAUUCCGAUAGACAAGUGAAAUUGCAGGUGAUUUUUAUAAUUUAACCCCAUACCAGUCAUAACUUUAUGGAUUUUAGAAGCUGUAAAAUGCCAAUUGAUAAUAAUUAAAUUUUGUUGCCUUUGUAGAAAUUAAUGUAGAAUCCUAAUGCUUUAUAAGAGCCCCAGAAUGCCCACUCUGUUCUCUGCCUUUGCUUUUACUUAAAAUGUGGUUAAGUUUAUAUCAGCUUCAAGUUCUUGAUUAUUUUUUAUUACAACUAAUAUGAUUAAGUAAUCAGGAGUCACAAUUCUCUUAAUGGGUUUAUGAUCAGUAUUACUUUAUUCUAAAGAAUUACCUUUCACUUUCUUGUUUACGUUGUUAUUCUUUCUAUGGUAUAGAUAAUAUUUAAUAGAUUGCUAUCUGUGAUCUCAUUUUAAACUAUUUUAUUUAUUUUAAUUGAUAUGAUACUUAAAUAUUAUAAGCAUUUGAAAAGGUAACAAAUAGAGAAUAAUUUAAAUUGUUAAUGUAAAUAGUUGGUGCUCACUUGCAUUUAUGGUUUAUUAUCUUUGAAAGCAGUUGACAGAUUUUACAUCUUUGAUAUAAAGCACUGCCAUAUUUGUAUUUUAAAAGGAAUUUAGACAUUUUAUGUAUAGCUCAGAUUGAUGGCAUUCUUUCUAGUUUGUGUUGGUAUUUGUUACUUAGUUUCUGCUUUUCUGAGCUAUCUGUCUUUUUAACUGCUAGCAAAUCUUUUUAGUCAUCUUUUAUAUACUCUUAGCUCUACAUGAAAUAAAUAAAUGUUGUUCUUGUUAAGCCUGUAGGACUGGAUGAAUGGGGUUGUGAAAGUGAUUUGGCAAGAGGAUAAUUUACAAAAACCAAAUGAGUAUUGAGAAGCCACAGAAAUACCGAAAUUGUGACAUGAAUAUUAGGAUGAAAAUUUUAAUGAAAUUCCAAUGCUCCCUUUAAUCAUUUGUCAUUAAAGUACAGAAGUAUGAAAUUGAUCUUAUAGAGGAUCAUGAGGAAUGCCAAAAGCUGAUAUUUUAGCAAUCCUGAAGUGUUUUUAAUCCAUUCUAAACUACUUGGUAGCUGAUACAGUUUCCCCAUCUGAGACCAUAUUUUCAGAUUCUAGUUAAAAUAAAGGAUUUGACUUCUGCCUCGAAUGAGAAGUUGGAAAUGUAGCUACUUUUCUUUAGAAAAUAGAGCUGGCAUCAUUUGGUACUGCCUGAAAAAGAGUUAGACUCUAUUGGCAAUUGAUAAUCGAGUAUUACCCAUGGUGCUUAUUAUUCUUUAUGAGCUUCCAUUGAAAUGAUUUCUCUUAUCCAUAGCAGCAUAAUCAUUUCCAAAGACCCCAGUAUUUGCUGCUAAUUUUGUAAACUCCCCUGAUGUACCUGAACAAGGGAAUUUCCUCACAUCAUUUCUUUGUGUCUGGACAUCUUAGGGUUAACAAAUGUGCUUAUUUUACAGGAAGGGAUUUUAAAAUUUAAACUGAAAACUACCUGGGAUCAUAGUCUUUCUGUGAUUUUUUUCAAUUAUGUAUAGUAAUUGUCCAGUGCCAGAAAAACCAUGACUUGCAAAAUACUUUGCACUCAGAAUGUUUUUACUGUUUCUGAUUGUUAAUGGUUUCUACUUUCUUUUGACUACUUGACUUACAAAAUGAUCUGAUAUGACUACUCCAUUGAAAAGCAAAGGUAACUCAUGUUUAUUAAGUAAUUAACUGCUUGUUCUACAUGUUUAUGAUAUUUUUCCACUAUUUCUGAACAAUAACAAUCAUGGAUAGUGUUCAUUGCGAGACAGUGAAAAAUUUACUACAUAAUAUUAAUUUUUAAAUGUUGCCUUAAAUAGGUGUAAAUGAGCAGUAGUAAUUGCAAUGUACUGAUUUACCUCAAGGUGCAAAAUAAUUAAACCUGUACAUACUCCAUUUACAAAAUAAAUUAAUAUAAACAGCCCUGCACUUUCUUAGAUGCCUUGGUUUCCAGGAUGGAGCUUAGUGCUACUGAAUACCCUGGCUACAGAGCCACCUCAGGAUAUUCUUCUCUCCACCCUAUUUUAUUUAUUUAUAGAUGUCUGUUUACAGAGACUAUAAUAAAUCCUGAUGUUGACCAUCUGAAAUUUACUUUCUUUUGAAUGCUAUUUCACUCUAAAAUAGCAGCUUUUGAGAAAACAAUGAACUUCCUUAUGAUAAAAGGAUGAUUCUAUAUAUUCUCUUAUAAUAUUAGAUAUGCUGAAGUGAAGCACAGUCUUUCUAGUGUGUGUGUGUGUGUGUGUGAGCGAGAGAGAGAAUGAUGUUAAAAAUCUUAAAUCUCUUCAGUUGUUGAAAAAAGCUGUGGCGUAUCAAUGUUCAUAUUUGCCAAGUCUUUGUAAAAUGUGGGACAAAAUUUAUGUGCUAAUGCAUGGAUUUAUAAAGCAGGUUUCUUCACCACUCAAAAUUACUAAUUUUUGUUUUCUCCAUCCAAAAAGCAUUUGUUUCUUCCUCAUACUUCAAGUUUAUGUAUGUAUAUAAUAGCUUUCUAAGUUUUUCCUUUCACAAAGACAGGUUCAAAGUUCUGUAAAACGUAAAAUCGUUUCUGAAACUGAGGUAUUACACCAGAGCUUGCUGUUUUUCAAGGAUCAUAUCAUGUACAUCAGUUCUUUAAAUGUGCUCAACAUGUGAAUCCUGUUUUAAAGUGCUCAGAUUUUGGAUGUGUAAGCCAUUGAUAUAACAUUGUAAUUCAAAAAUGUUUAAAUUAAAUAACUUAAUGUUUUAAAUUUAUUUAUGUAGAUUACAUCAUUGUUAUCAUAUAUAAUACAAAUGUCUGAAAUGUCUUUUGGUCUAGUCCAACAAUUAUUUAUUUUUUAGAAAGUAAGCUUAAAGAUUUUAAGGACAUUGAAAAUUAAAAAUAGUGUUCAAAAUUCAAAAUUUGGCAAUUCUAAUGUAAAGUUGGUUCUUUUCUAAUGUAUCAAAAAGUAAUAUAAGUAUCAAUAAUAGGAAAACAUAGUUGGAAAUGGAAUCAUCUAAAGAUCAUUUUUAAACUUUAAUUAGCACAUAUUGACUUCUACAGUUGAGUUAUAGUAAUUGUUAAACCCUAGUGGUUUUUUAAUCAGAUUUUGUGCAUUGAUUGAUUUUUGUGUUGUGGCUUUUCUUCUGUUGCUUUAAUAUUAAAAAUCUGGGGGGGUUUUGUUUGUUUUGUAGGGGGGGUAUCUUCCAAUGUUUACUAUGUUUGAAUAAAUAGAAAUUGAAUUUUAUUGUUCAUUUAUAUAGUAUUUGAUAGCUUGGUAUAAUUUCACAGUACAGUUCUAAUUUUUAUGACUUUUAUAAUUACAAUGAUAAUAUUUUCUUUUGUAAUAAAAUACAAGGUAAAUUAAACAUUUAAAACGUGGAACUGGUAUUUUUCAUUUAUAUGAAGUACAAGUCUCUUCCAAGUCUAUAAUGUGAACGAUCCUGCCUUUCAAAUUUGUUUCAUAAUUGUUAGAAGAAAACUAUUUUUUAGAGAUGUUAUUGAAGUUGAAAGAGCAAUAAAAGUCUACUGAAUUA